CGUUCGACACUGUAUACGUGUACAUGGACGGUAAGCGUGUGCAAAACAAAGAAAAACGAAACCAAGAAUUCGACGUGGACGUGAGUUUGAUCCGAGACACGUUUAAAGAGGCUUGCGAACGCGAAGGCUACCGAGUGAUCCAGUUGACGGCCGGUGAAGGUGAACUACAAAUGUAUUUACAACGGGACAAAUCGACAAAUCUCAACGUUUUUUUCACAAAAGACAGCGACAUGUUGUCGAUAUUAUAUGGACAUGCGCCCAUUGUUACCGGUAAAGCAUCAGUUGUAAAACGAGCGUACCCCGUAGCGGACGCUUAUACAAACGUGAUCGAUCAAAACGACGAUUACGAUAAAUGCGUAGAAGUGUACGAUUCGUGUGCCUGGAUCGAAUGCGAGAGCAAUAACAAACCGAUGCGUAUAUACGGAUUUGACGACACUGUGAAUCGCUUAAAAUUUUCCAAAUUAGUGUUUCGUACGUUCUGCGCCAUGUGCGGUACCGAUUUUACGGAUCCUCUGUUGACGCCCAGUAUGAUUACCGGUUUUUUUACGUGCAUAAGACCCGAUGAAUUGGCUAUGGUGAACGGCUAUGAAAUGGAUCUAUUAGAUUGUACCAUAGCAGGUGUCGGCGACAACGACGGCGAGGGCUUGGAUAAAACCGUUUGGAUAAAUCGUAUUUUUGAAAUCGUUACAUUGGUAUUGCUUUCCGGAUUUCGGAAUAAAGGCAACGUGAAACAAAUGAAAAAACCGUACGAAACUGGAAAAUUGCGAGAUUUUAAAUGUUUAAAAACCGAGUUGUAUGGUAUUGUUCGUGCGUAUUACGUUUAUAUUUCUUUGGGCGUCAUGUUGCCGGUCGAAAUACCGAGAUUGAAAAACGUAGCGCACAAUUACAUAAAAACCAUAGUGCACGUGUGCCGAGACGGACCUCUGGCAAAUUACCAAAAACCUACGACCGCUCUGGCCCUGUACAAUUGGUCUAUAGCUGUUACGUUGGACGAUUGUCUGAAAAAUUGUAUAGACUACGAAAAUCGUUUUGCGUUGGCGCCGCCUGGUGGAUUGGAAAAAAUCAAACGUAAAUUGUCGUUUACCGACGACAAGGAGUCAGUGUCGAAAAAACACAAUAUUAUGAAUUUAGAUUAUCGAGUCAAUUUAAAAAAAUAUCUAAAACUGAACGGUUCCGUAAUUACAACGCGUGACCGGGAUUCAUUAUUGGAUGCAAAACCUAUUCAUUUUAUGGAUAACGAGUGUCGGAGCAUGGUUGUAUCAGCGACACGCGACGACUGCGGUGUCAAACACGGGGCACGCGAUCAUAAAAUUUGUACUAGUUACGAUGACGACGACGACGAUGAUUUUGUAUUUUUUUAA